UCUUCGCAUGUUUCCCGAACCGUAAAUGGCGAGGAUUCGUCUCUCCAGCAACCAUGAGCGUUUGCAACGUCGUCCUUGAGGAAAUGGCGAUUGCAAUCGACCCAGCGGCGUUGAACGAUACUUGGAGAGCAUGCUGCACUUAACCAUGAGGAGGGGACGGACAUGCGCUUGGAAAAUCCUUGGUGCGUGACAGCGUAGUCUGAUCGCGAAAAUCUGCAUGCGAUGAAGGAAGUCAUGCCUGUUAUCGCACCGCACCCGCUGAAUCGUGAAGAAUUUGGCAUCAAUGCCGGUGAAGAAGGGCAGGACACACCGACUGCCUCGGAACAGAGCUCCCCCAGGCGAGGCUCAGUUGCGAAGCUAUCAAUGCUGCCACUGGUUGCCCUAAUCUUUUAUGAAGUGUCCGGUGGUCCCUUCGGACUGGAGGAUUCUGUGAGAGCAGGAGGACCUCUUCUCGCUCUUCUUGGUUUCAUUAUCGUUCCGUUUGUGUGGUCCAUCCCCGAAGCCUUGGUGACAGCCGAAUUAGCCACAGCGUUUCCGAAGAAUGGAGGCUUUGUGGUGUGGAUAUCAGCGGCUUUUGGACCAUUUUGGGGAUUCCAAGAAGGUUGGCUCAAAUGGAUGAGCGGAGUGACGGACAAUGCGCUCUACCCCGUCCUCUUCUUAGAUUAUCUCAAACGAGGGCUCCCCGUGUUUGCCAAAGGCCCUGCUCGUGUCGCCGCUCUUUUACUGACCACCGUAGGAUUGACUUAUCUCAAUUACAGAGGCUUGACAAUUGUAGGAAUUACAGCAGUAGCAUUAGCAAUCUUCACCUUACUUCCGUUUUUCGUAUUCAGCUUGCUUGCCAUCCCAAAAAUCCAAAUGCAGAGAUGGUUCGUGAUGGACUUGAGGAGCAUGAACUGGCGGGUCUAUCUCAACAUUCUGUUCUGGAAUCUGAAUUAUUGGGAUAAUGUCAGCACAUUGGCGGGCGAAGUCGACAAGCCUUCGCAAACAUUACCCAAAGCUCUGUUAUGGGCCGUUGUUUUGGUAACCUUCACCUACAUUGUGCCGCUUCUCGCUGGAACCGGGGCUGUGGAACUUGACCGAGCGAAAUGGGAAGAUGGAUACCUGGCAGACGUAGCGCUUGUCAUCGGAGGCGCACCAUUGAAAUGUUGGAUUACAAUUGCAGCGGCGCUCUCAAACAUGGGCUUGUUUGAGGCGGAAAUGAGCAGCAAUUCAUUCCAGUUGCUCGGGAUGGGAGAGAACGGGUUGUUGCCUCAAGUCUUUGAGCAGAGAUCCAAGUAUGGCACACCCUCGUUGGGCAUUCUCUGCUCCGCCACAGGUGUGAUUAUCCUCUCCUGGAUGUCCUUCCAAGAGAUCAUCGAGUUCCUCAACUUCCUCUACUGCUUUGGUAUGUUAUUGGAGUUUGCGGCUUUCAUCUGGCUCAGAGUCCAGCAACCUAAUCUCCUCCGGCCUUUUUGCAUCCCUCUCAACACUGCCGGAGUGAGUCUUUUGCUGCUGCCCCCCUCAAUUUUCCUCCUUUCCAUCCUAGUGUUGGCAUCCUUGAAGACGAUCAUUCUCGGUGUUUUCAUCUCCAUGCUGGGGUUUGUGGUGUACCCAGGGUUGGAAGUCGCCAAGCAGAAGAGAUGGUUCAAAUUCUCAGCCUCACCUAAGAUUUACCCGAAGGAUGUUGAAGUCGUCGGUUCGUCGUCUCAUGAUGCUCAUGAUGAGGGGUCCGGGCUCUUGACCUAAUCCUCUCCCAGGAUGCUUGCAUUUGCACAAUGGUGUAGAUGGCGAUGUCAUUCUUUUCACACGUAUUUAGGGUGAGCUCGGAGAAACUGCUCCGGAAGCAAAUACACAGGAUCAAGCUUGAAGUCUGAUAUGUCGCCCCUUAUUCUCGACUUUACUCAUACUGAUUAUGGCACCACCUGUGCCUCUGCUCAUCGAGUGGAAUAAAGGAAAACCAAUCCUUUAGCUCCAAGGGAUCUAGAUAGGAAUAGCGGCUUUCUACUGGUGCUGAGAAAUAAUUUCAUGAGCACUUGCAGUUAUGGAAAAUGAUGUGGAAGACGAAUGACUGCUUUGACAGUCUCAGUGAAAUAGCUUUGGGAGGUCUUGGUGAAACAAUCAGCUGGUUUGCAAGCGACUCCACUUCAGUAGGACCAGAGUGUCAAGGGAGGGAAGAAGCGAUAAGCUGCUUGAUUACAGCAUUGAAUGAUGAAAACUUCCUCUGAAUUGCGUACCUGAAAUGAAGACUGAUUUUGGGGUACCAGUGCAGAAAACUUCAAUAUGCGCAUUUUCAAAGAGGGCAUCGUUGAUUGAGCAGUGUUGAAGAAUUCCAAAAGAUGUCGCACAGUUGGAGUUUACACGUGAAGGAACAGACUUGAGAAUUGGCUACAGAGCUGCGUCAUAUGUCAGACCAGCAGGAGAUAUUCUUAUGAAUUGAUAGUCUCAAUUAGACCAUGGUCUAUGCAAAAGAAUUGAAUCAACUUCUUGUGAUUGCCAGCCGGUGCCUCACUAGUCUGGUAGCGCUUGAGGAAUCAAUUACAGCACCAGCUUGUUACCAGAUAGCACAUCCAGACUAAGGGAAACUUAGAACAACUACGUUGCACUGCCCCUUCUUCACAAUCGUAGGACAAGCUCCUACACCAGGCAAACACGACACCACGUAUAGUCUUAGGCAGUAAAAUUACCACGAUGUGAGGACUGUCGUGGAUGUCUAUUCUCUUUGCGGUGAGGACCUUGUAUCAACGAAGACCUAAGGGUCGGGAGAGGGCAUUGCUAAUGCACCUCGAAGGUUCCUUUGUUACAUUGGAUGGAGCCACACUAGUAUUUCAGAAUGUUGGAUUGUGAUGUGUACGUCAUGAGGUCGAUGCCACUCAUUGGCAGAUACCGUCAUUGUCUAAUCCGUUGAGCAGUAUUUGUAUCUUC